CAGCGACCCCUGGAGGUAAAACAAUCGGAGUUACAACCUUUAAAAGUUGUUACUUGGUAACCAAGGUCCAAACAAGCAGGAACACCAAGAGGCUUGGAGAGUUUAGCUUUCUGCUAGAAGGCAUUUGGUUACCUUUUUUGUAAUUAUUUGUUUAUUUUGUGGGRAAUAUACGCAUUCAAUGGCCGGUAAGAAGAAAGAAGCGAGUCUACAGGCGUCUGUCACAAACCAAGAGCAAUGGGAGGAAAUGCUUGCAACAAAAGGUUUAACAGUUGUAGAUGUGUACCAACGGUGGUGUGGGCCCUGUCGAGCUGUGGUUAGGCUCCUGAGAAAAAUAAAGAACGAGCUGAGCGAUGACCUCCUGCACUUUGCCACAGCUGAGGCAGACGGCGUUGAUGCUUUGGAGAGGUACAGAGGAAAAUGUGAACCCACCUUCCUCUUCUUUGGGGGUGGUGAGCUGGUGGCUGCGCUGCGAGGUCCCAACGGUCCUAUGCUGGAGAAGAUAAUUGUGGGAGAACUGGCCAAAGAGAAACUGGUUCUGGACACUGAUGGUGUACGAGAAGUGGUUAAAGAUGAUGRUCUGUUGGAAGAUGAAGAGAAAGAAGAAGAGAAGCUUCAGCCAUCAGAAAAAGAAGGAAGUAUAAUUGUCCCUGCCAGUAAACCCUACACUGUUGCCAUCAUCAAACCAGAUGCUGUUGCUCAGGGCAAAGCGAAUGAGAUCAUUAUGAAGAUUCAAGACGCUGGCUUUGAGAUCCUCGCACACGAGGAGCGCACACUGACGGAGGCCGAGGCUCGAGAGUUCUACCAACACAAAGCAGCAGAGACUUGCUUCGAGGACUUGGUGCAGUUUAUGUCCGGUGGUCCCUCCCAUAUUCUGGUGCUUUCUCAAACAGAGAGCUCGGCCAGCGUUAUACCAGCAUGGCGUGAGUUCAUUGGCCCGGCAGACCUGGAGGAGGCCAGGAGAGAAAGGCCAGAGAGCCGAGCAACCAUCUGGUCCUGCCCGCCUUCCUACAGCUUGCGGGCGCAAUACGGCACCGAGGCUCCGUUCAACGCCGUGCACGGCAGCGAGGACAGCGACCGGGCCAGCGGGGAGCUCGCCUUCUUCUUCCCCAACUUCAGGACGGCCGCGGCGGUGGAGCAGGAUGGAGAGGAAGGGCGUGUGGAGAGGACGCUGGCUCUUAUCCGGCCCGACGUUGCCAGAGAGAGCAGAGAUGAGAUCUUGGCCCAGAUUCAUGAGUCAGGCUUCACAGUUGCCCUCCGAAGAGAGGUGAUGUUGACAGAAGAGCAGGUCCGACAGUUUUACUCCCAACACACUGAUGAAGACUAUUUCCCUGCUCUGCUGCGAAGCAUGACCAGUGGACCAGUGCUUGCUUUGGCUUUGGCCAGAAAAGGAGCUGUUCUUCACUGGAAGAGCCUUAUUGGUCCACCAGACCUUGGUAAAGCCAAAGAGGAAAGUCCUGAGUGUCUCAGAGCCCAGUUUGCUGUUGAAAACGAGCCCAUCAACCAGCUUCAUGGCAGCUCGAGCCCUGAAGACGCUGAACGAGAGAUCAACUUUUUCUUCCCUAAACAACACACGCUGGCAGUGAUCAAACCCGACGCCAUGGAGGAGCACAAAGACACGAUUUUGGAGGCGAUUCGAGGAAGAGGCUUCAGCGUAACGCAGCUGAAGGAGGCCGUGCUAUCCAGAGAGAUGGCUGAAGAGUUUUACAAAGAGCACAGAGAGAAGCCUUUCUUCAGGCAGCURGUGGAUUUUAUGUGUCGAGAGCCCUGUAUGAUGCUUGUCCUGACCAAGGAGAAUGCUGUAGAAGAGUGGAGGGCAAUGAUGGGUCCCGCUGACCCACAGAAAGCCAAGGAAACAUCCCCUAACAGUCUGAGGGCCCGAUUUGCUGCCGACAUCCUCCACAACUCGGUUCACGGGUCCUCCAGCGAGCAGCACGCAGAGGAGAAGAUCCGUUUGAUCUUCGGCGACAUCAGCAUUGAUCUCGCUGCAGCGGCGCUCACCGAGGCCGACAAAACAUCUCAGUCGAACACUACCUCCACCUGACACGUACCAAAGGUGAUCAUCGGCAGUUCCUUUGGCGACCAGGUAGUGAACGUUCACGUUGCUAGUUUGACCAAUUCGAUGAACCCUGUCCUCUGCCUGAAUGAGAACCUAAAGAAAAUAAAAAAACAUUUUUACUUUAAAUG